GUAUGUCAUUUGCAGUACCGUUGUAUGACACAGGCUGAUCACUUUUCAAGCCCCGACCCCACGCGCAUCAUCAUCAUAUUGAAAAAAGGAGACGCGAGGCUCUGAAAUAUGGCGGCUUUCAAAGUCUUGUCGACAGCGGAAAAAGUAAUAUUCAGAAAUGUAUCUUCAGCCUUCAGAUCAAACCUCGCUGCGCAUCGAAUGAAUAAGACAUGUAGCUGUUAUUUCUCCACGUCCAGCGGCCGGAAGUCUCGAUUUUACACAGAACCCUCAGAAGCUGUAAAAGACAUUCCCAACGGUGCCACCCUACUGGUGGGAGGGUUCGGCCUGUGUGGGAUUCCUGAGAACCUCAUUCAGAGUUUACUGAAGACGGGAGUGAAGAACCUCACUGCAGUCAGCAAUAAUGCAGGGGUGGAUAACUUUGGGCUGGGCCUGCUCCUACAGUCGCAGCAGAUCAAACGGAUGAUCUCGUCCUACGUGGGAGAGAAUGCAGAGUUUGAGAGACAGUACCUUUCCGGGGAGCUGGAGGUGGAGCUCACGCCCCAGGGCACCCUGGCGGAGAGGAUCCGAGCGGGCGGGGCCGGCAUUCCCGCCUUUUUCACCGCCACGGGCUACGGCACCCUCAUCCAGGAGGGCGGCUCGCCCAUCAAGUACAACAAAGACGGCAGCAUCGCUAUCGCCAGCGAAAAGAGAGAGGUGCAGGAGUUCAACGGUAGGCAUUACAUCAUGGAGAAAGCGAUCACCGGAGACUUUGCGCUGGUCAAGGCCUGGAAGGCAGACAGAGCUGGGAACGUGGUGUUCAGGAAAACAGCCAGGAACUUCAACCAACCGAUGUGCAAAGCUGCCAAAAUCACCAUUGUAGAGGUGGAGGAGAUCGUGGACGUGGGGACGUUUGCCGAGGAGGACAUCCACAUCCCCAGUAUCUACGUGCACCGCGUUGUCAAGGGCGACUGCUACGAGAAGAGGAUAGAGAAAAGAACAGUAAAGAAAGAUCAGUCGGAGAAACCCAAGCCCAAGAAGGAAUCGGACUUGGUUCGAGAGCGGAUCAUUCGCCGGGCAGCUCUGGAGUUUCAAGAUGGCAUGUACGCGAACCUCGGCAUCGGAAUCCCAAUGCUGGCCAGUAACUUCAUCAAACCCGACAUCACCGUCCACCUGCAGAGCGAGAACGGCAUUCUGGGAUUGGGCCCCUACCCAACGGCAGAGAACGUGGACGCUGACCUCAUCAACGCAGGGAAAGAGACCGUCACCGUGCUCCCUGGGGCCGCCUACUUCUCCAGCGACGAGUCCUUCGCCAUGAUCCGAGGGGGUCACAUUAAUCUGACGAUGCUGGGCGCCAUGCAGGUGUCCAAGUACGGUGACCUGGCCAACUGGAUGAUUCCGGGUAAAAUGGUCAAAGGUAUGGGAGGGGCCAUGGACCUUGUUGCCAGCGCUGGGACGAAGGUGGUGGUUACCAUGGAGCAUUCUGCCAAGGGAGGCAAACACAAGAUCCUGGAGAAGUGCAACCUGCCGCUCACCGGGAAGCAGUGUGUGGACCGCAUCAUCACCGAGAAGGCCGUCUUCGACGUCGACCAGGGCAGAGGCCUCACCCUGACCGAGGUGUGGGAGGGGCUGACACCAGAUGACAUCAAGCAAUGCACUGGUACCGAUUUUGAGGUAUCUCCAAACCUAAGACCAAUGCAGCAAAUUUAAAAAUUGAGGAAUCAACAAACGUUUAAUUUAUUUUUUAAUUUUUGAUUUUAUUUGAAAUGGCAAGGAGUUCUCGGUCAUUACCAAAACAAAAAAAUGAAGAAAUGGAAAGCAUUUGAACGGACUGUACGUGGGUGAGGGCAAGUGUCAGAAAUGAGUGAGGCAUCUGAAAUAGCAUUCUCAUUACACAGACCCAACGAGACAGCGAGGGCAUCUAGAAGGUUGAUCAUGCCCGUGGGGUAAGAUAUUUAUCAAGUACUCUGUAGCAAAAUAAUAUCAGGAAUAGACCCUGCCUGCUUCAAUGUGUUACACUGAAAUGAAAGCCUGUCUGUGGCAUUUCAAGCCCAACACUUAUUGGGUUUUAAUUUAGUUUUUAUUAUACCUUUUUGUUUGAAAUGGAGAGUGUGUGUGUUCUUGUUAAAGGUAUUGCACACACCCGCACAAUCCGUGGGUGGUAACACUUGAAAGCCUUACAAUGUUCUAUUUGUUCUGUUCUGCCUUUGUAAAUAUAAUAAAUAUGUUUGAUUCUUAAAUAUCA